GUAGGACAUGGAACUGUAUGGGCACAGUGUGGCAACAGCAAACAGUGGGGUCAGCCCUGAUGGUGAGGAGCCGUGGGGAGUGUCAGGAGAGCAUGAAAGGACUUGAAGUCAGCCUGGGGGCAGCAAGGGGCUUGGGGUGUGGGGCACAGAAGGAUUUUGGGAAGGGUGUGAGGUUUGGCUGGCUGUGGGCAUGUUUGUGUCCCCCCUUCUGUACAGUGGAGCCAUUGUGGUGGUGGCUGGAGCUGGGGGCUGUGACAUCACAGUGGUGCUGGGGUUGGUAGAACCACAUCUUGCAUUCUGACAUUUGUGGUACUGGGGUUUAGAGCCCAUGUCCUGUGCUGGACUCCGACUUCAGUCCCCCGCAGGACAGGGGAAUAGAACAACCAGAUUAGCACAGAGAGGAAGAGCCACCCACAGCUCCCCUCGCUCUCAAUCUACCAUGGGACAAUGUGACACAGAGAGCAGCACUCCAGGCACACCCCACCCCAGACAGGGACAGCACUUGAGCAGGGUACACUCCAGCCACCCCACGGCCCAGCAGGCUGGGGACAAGGGCACAGUGUGGCAUCCUGGGACUGUGAGGUGCAGCUGGGACAUUGACACGAGGCUCAGCAGGUCAGAGACUGCCCUUUCAAGGGCCCGAGGUUUGGUCAGUCAGAGGAAGGCAGGUCAGUGUUUUCUACCUCUCCAGGGCCGUGGCAGCCCCUGUGGGACUGGGGACAGUGGGCUCAGACAAGGCUGUCCUCACAGGGCACUCAGCAGCCACCACCAGACACCAGGUUGGCCACCAGCACUUGCUUAACCUUGAGCAGCUCAAAAAGGCCAAGCUGCAUGUGGAGAUGGCCAUUAAGGAGAAGAAGAUCUUCACAGUACAGGGCCCCUACCCCAUCAUCCGGCGCCUGAUGCGAGCCCGGGGCUGGGUGGAGAGGAAGGUCCCCAGCACAGGCAGACGGAUGGUGAAGCAUCGUGGUGACCAAGACAAGCAGCAGCAGGAGACAGGGCCAAGUAAUGGUGGUGGUGGGCAGGAGGAGGCACUGCUGAACCCAGGUGGGGGGGCACAGCCUUUUCUGGGGACCAAACACCCCCCGCACUACCCAUGGCGACCUGCUGAGGAGGAGGAAGAGAAGGAGGAAGAGCAGUGUGAUGAGGACCCCAACGGCAUCCAUGACCUCAUGUCCUACCUGGUGCGGGACCAGUUGCCAAACUUCAUCUGGACCAACUUCCUUGAGGCCACUGACCGUCAGCUGCUGCAGCAGGACAACGUGGUGAACCACUAUGCCCGGGUGGAUGCAUUCACCACCAAGGAGGGGCUGUGCCUCAGCCUACAAAACCUGCCAUGGAUUGAGCAAGCUGACCCAAACACCUUCUUCCCCCGGUGCUACCGGCUGGGGAACGUGGAUGAGCGCGAAACUUUCAUUGAGGAUUUCCGCCUGACAGCAGCACGAAGCCUGCUCAAAUUGGCCCUGGAGGAGGCUGGGGACAGGCCAGUGGGGACUGAGCAGGUCCCAAACAAUGCCAAGGGAGCAGCAUGGCCAGCCUCCCCCCUGUACCCUGAGCUGGUGGAGGAAGCCCUGGAGGUCUGUAGGCAGCACCUGGGCGUUCUGCAGCACCAGGACAUCGACAGGAACACCCCGUCCCCCUGCAAGACAUGCAUUGACUGGGACCGCUUCCUGCACGAAUACUACCACGUGGCACACAAGGGGGCAGGGCUGGUGCUGACCCGGCAGCAGCGGAAGCAAUGCCAGAACCUGCUGUGGCGCCUGGCACAGCAGCUGCCCCAGCUUGACAUGGAGGGCAAGCUCAACGUCUGGAUCCUCAAGCCUGGUGCUGAAUCCCAAGGCAGGGGCAUCAUCUGCACAACGCAGCUGGAGGAGGUGCUGCAGCUGGCACGGAGCUGCAUGGCACCCUCGACCCAGCCACACUUUCCCUGCCCUAGUGCCAGGCACCUCUGCAACGUCUCUGUCCAGAAGUGGUACAAGACAUCACCAGACCAGGACCCCCGUGUGCCCCCUGACAGGAUCUGGUCCAACGAGCAGUUCCAGAAAUACCUGGCACAGCUGGGGCAGGCAGAUGCUUGGCACCAGAUGCUGGUGCCCGGCAUGAAGGCGGCGAUCCUGAACACGCUGCGCAGCGCCCAGAACCAGGUGCGCUUCCGCAAGGGCAGCUUCGAGCUCUAUGGGGCCGACUUUAUUGUCGGGGAGGACUUCCAGCCCUGGCUGCUGGAGAUCAACUCCUGCCCCACCAUGAGCCCCUCCUCGGUGGUGACCCGACGGCUCUGUGCCAACGUCCAGCGGGACACGCUGCGCCUCGUGCUCGACCGCAAGGACAACCCCACCUGUCCCAUUGGAGCGUUUGAGCUCAUCUACAAGGAGGCAGCUGUGCCCAAGCCCCUGUCAACACGUGUGAACCUGAUGGUCAAAGGCUGUUCCCUGAAGAAGCUCCACCCAGCACAGCAGCAAGACCAGAACAAGCCCCCCACCACUGUGGCCACUGCCCUCCAUCACGCUCUGUCCCCAGGGCCCAGCGCUACCCAUAUACCCAAGAAAGCACAGCAUCAAUUCCUCACCAUGGUGCCUUGUGUCCCCAAGCUCCUCCUGUCACCAGGGGUCAGAACCACCAAGGCUCCCCAGAGAACAUGGCAUCGCUCUCCUACCACGAUGCCCACUGCCUCCAAGCAGUCUGUGUUGCCAGGGGGCAGAACCACCCAGGUAACCCAGCCCAGAGCAGCAACAAAGAAGCUGCCUCCUCUGGAGCAACAGAACCACUGCUCUUCCUCCAGCUCUGACCCCCCAGCACCACCAAAGCCUCAGGUCUCCUCUGCUGAGAGCCAGGGUCUGCCAUGGCUCGGUUGCCUGCCUGCACAGCUCCGGAUCAAUGGCUGUCCCAUGAACUGGGUGCCUGUGCCACCACCCCGGGGAACCCCCAGCAAACCCUGGCUAUCCCAGGGUUGUGCACGCUCCUUCCAUCCCGCCAAGCCCCAGCGACAACCUCCGUCUGCACAGAGCACCAAGACCCUGUGCCUGGAGCAGGAGCACGUGGCAGCUCCCACUGGGAUGCAGAAGACUUGGGACACUAAGACACCCCCAGGAGUGGACAGAGCUCCACCUGUCCUUUGUUAGGCCAACACUGCAGCACUUCUCAUCCCAAAGAGUUCCCACUGCUGUGUUGUGGUACCCACCUCCUCCCUCAUGCGUGCUUUAAAAUAAUUCUGUGAUAAGGA